UUUAAUAGGCUCACCCAGCGCCUGGUUUGCUGCGCUGCGAGUGGCUGCGGUUUCGAGAAGCCGCCCGGCACCUCCCGCUAGUUCUCGGCUGCAAAUUUUCGUCCUUGCACUUGACAGCGAUUGCACUUAAGCUCCCAGGGCGCGCUUUGCUUGGAAAGGCACAGGUAGGAGGCGCGGGCUGCCCGGUGCGCGCUCGCUGCUAUCGGAGGAGUCUCCCUCCCUUUGCUCUCCUCUCUGGGAGCUGCCGGCUGACCCGGAGCGUUGGUGGUUCCAGUGUGCUGGCUGCACGGAGCCCGUGUCGGCGGUCGGGCAGCCCGGCCAAGCCCCUUCCCAGAGCGCGGCUGUGCGCGGCCCGGCGCCAUGCUUCUGCUGGGCAUCCUAACCCUGGCUUUCGCCGGGCCACCCGCUGGCGGCUCUGAGCCAGAGCGCGAGGUAGUCGUUCCCAUCCGGCUGGACCCGGACAUCAACGGCCGCCACUACUAUCGGGGGGGUCCCGAGGACUCCGGGGAUCAGGGACUCAUUUUUCAGAUCACAGCAUUUCAGGAGGACUUUUACCUACACCUGACGCCGGAUGCUCAGUUUCUGGCGCCCGCCUUCGCCACUGAGCAUCUGGGAGUCCCCCUCCAGGGGCUCACCGGGAGCUCUUCAGACCUGCGACGCUGCUUCUACUCCGGGGACGUGAACGCCGAGCCCGACUCGUUCGCCGCUGUGAGUCUGUGCGGGGGGCUACGCGGAGCCUUCGGCUACCGAGGCGCCGAGUAUGUCAUUAGCCCGCUGCCCAACGCGAGCGCGCCGGCGGCGCAGCGCAACAGCCAGGGCGCACACCUCCUCCAGCGCCGAGGUGCCCCCGGCGGGCCUUCCGGAGACCCCACCUCUCGCUGCGGGGUGGCCUCAGGCUGGAACCCGGCCAUCCUGCGGGCCCUGGACCCUUACAAGCCGCAGCGGGCGCGCUUGGGGGAGAAUCGCAGCCGGCGCAGGUCUGGGCGCGCCAAGCGCUUCGUGUCUAUCCCGCGGUACGUGGAGACGCUGGUGGUGGCGGACGAGUCAAUGGUGAAGUUCCACCGCGAGGACUUGGAACAUUAUCUGCUGACACUGCUGGCCACGGCGGCGCGACUCUACCGCCACCCCAGCAUCCUCAACCCCAUCAACAUCGUCGUGGUCAAGGUGCUGCUUCUCGGAGACCGUGACACCGGGCCCAAGGUUACGGGCAACGCGGCCCUGACUCUGCGCAACUUCUGCGCCUGGCAGAAGAAGCUGAACAAAGUGAGUGACAAGCACCCUGAGUACUGGGACACCGCCAUCCUCUUCACCAGGCAGGACCUGUGUGGAGCCACCACGUGUGACACGCUGGGCAUGGCUGACGUGGGCACCAUGUGCGACCCCAAGAGAAGCUGCUCUGUCAUCGAGGAUGAUGGGCUCCCAUCAGCCUUCACCACCGCCCACGAGCUGGGCCAUGUCUUCAACAUGCCCCACGACAAUGUGAAAGUGUGUGAGGAGGUGUUUGGAAAGCUCCGAGCCAACCACAUGAUGUCCCCGACCCUCAUCCAGAUCGACCGUGCCAACCCCUGGUCAGCCUGCAGCGCUGCCAUUGUCACCGACUUCCUGGACAGUGGGCACGGUGACUGCCUCCUGGACCAGCCCAGCAAGCCCAUCUCCCUGCCCGAGGACCUGCCCGGCGCCAGCUACAGCCUGAGCCAGCAGUGUGAGCUGGCCUUUGGCGUGGGCUCCAAGCCCUGCCCUUACAUGCAGUACUGCACCAAGCUGUGGUGCACCGGCAAGGCCAAGGGGCAGAUGGUGUGCCAGACCCGCCACUUCCCCUGGGCAGACGGCACCAGCUGUGGCGAGGGCAAGUUCUGCCUCAAGGGGGCCUGCGUGGAGAGACACAACCUCAACAAGUACAGGGUGGACGGCUCCUGGGCCAAGUGGGAAGCCUACGGGCCCUGUUCGCGCAGCUGUGGCGGGGGCGUGCAGCUGGCCCGGAGGCAGUGCAGCAACCCCACCCCUGCCAACAGCGGCAAGUACUGCGAGGGGGUGAGAGUGAAAUACCGAUCCUGCAACCUGGAGCCCUGCCCCAGCUCAGCCUCUGGCAAGAGCUUCCGGGAGGAGCAGUGUGAGGCUUUCAAUGGCUACAACCACAGCACCAACCGGCUCACCCUCGCCGUGGCCUGGGUGCCCAAGUACUCAGGUGUGUCUCCCCGGGACAAGUGCAAGCUCAUCUGCCGAGCCAAUGGCACUGGCUACUUCUAUGUGCUAGCACCCAAGGUGGUGGACGGUACGCCGUGUACUCCUGACUCUACCUCCGUCUGUGUCCAAGGCAAGUGCAUCAAGGCUGGCUGCGACGGCAACCUGGGCUCCAAGAAGAGGUUUGACAAGUGUGGAGUGUGUGGGGGAGACAACAAGAGCUGCAAGAAGGUGACUGGAGUCUUUACCAAGCCCAUGCACGGCUACAACUUCGUGGUGGCCAUCCCUGUAGGCGCCUCGAGCAUCGACAUCCGCCAGCGCGGCUACAAGGGGCUGAUUGGGGAUGACAACUACCUGGCCCUGAAGAACAGCCAAGGCAAGUACCUGCUCAACGGGCACUUCGUGGUGUCGGCGGUGGAGCGGGACCUGGUGGUGAAGGGCAGCCUGCUGCGGUACAGCGGCACGGGCACGGCGGUGGAGAGCCUGCAGGCUUCCCGGCCCAUCCUGGAGCCCCUGACCGUGGAGGUCCUCUCCGUGGGGAAGAUGACGCCACCCCGGGUACGCUACUCCUUCUAUCUGCCCAAAGAGCCUCAGGAGGACAAGUCCUCCCACCCCAAAGACCCCCGGGGCCCCUCGGUGCUGCACAACAGCGUCCUCAGCCUUUCCAACCAGGUGGAGCAGCCGGAUGACAGACCCCCGGCACGCUGGGUGGCAGGCAGCUGGGGGCCCUGCUCUGUGAGCUGCGGCAGUGGCCUGCAGAGGCGGGCAGUGGACUGCCGGGGCUCCCCCGGGCAGCGCGUGGCCUCUGCCUGUGAGGCAGCCCACCGGCCAGUGGAGACGCGGGCCUGUGGGGAGCCCUGCCCGACCUGGGAGCUCGGUGCCUGGUCGCACUGCUCCAAGAGCUGCGGCCGGGGAUUUAAGCGGCGUCCACUCAAGUGUACGGGCCAUGGAGGCCGGCUGCUGGCCCGGGACCAGUGCAACCUGCGCCGCAAGCCCCAGGAACUAGACUUCUGCAUCUUGAGACCAUGCUGAGCGGGGUCGCCCCCUUCUCCCCUUCACUCUCUGCCCCACUGGUGUGCUGGUUCUGGCCAGCUGGAACAGUGGGCAGAGGAUGGUGGCCAGGGGCUCACGCCACGACGUCACCCACAUCCAGGGACAAGGACCGUGGGCCAGGGUGAGAGGUUCCCUCUUCCUCCUGGACUGGCCGGGGGAGCUAACCAAUGCACAGUCUACCUCAGGCCCGCUCCUCGGGGCCCAGUUGCGGGGAGAGGUGCAGGUGCUGGCAGAAGGUGCUGAGGCCCAGUUUCCGAGGGACCUGGAGGAUGGGCACCUCCCAGGCAGUACUUCAGGGACCCCGUCAGGGAUGCACAGGCUGCUGGAAGAGCCAUGGCCCAGCAGCUCGGCACCCUUGGGCAGCCCCGGGAGCUCUGAGCCGUCUCUGAACAAGGCAGGGUUUUCAUGGUGCUUUUAGCCCACUUUUCUUUUCUGACUGACACGGACUGAACAAUGAAAACUGGCCGGGUAGGUGGGAGCCAAGGGGAGAAUGAGGUCGAGUGUCGCUGGAGCCUGGCCACUGCGUUUAGGAAGAGGUGGGUGAGCCCAGGGAGACCCGAGAUUUCUCAUCUUCUACACUUGACCCUCCCUUAAAGGAUCAGCCUCUCCUCCCUCUCAUGUCUAGGCCUUAGGACUAGCGGGAAGAUGGCCACUUAGGUGUCCUCCGAGGCUCUGCAGGUAGGAAGUCAGCAGGGAGCCAGCCACCUUCUUUAAGAGAGAGCCGCCAUUACAAAAGAUGCUGACGCUUAGGAGGUGAUGGAUUCUGUGGCUGAAACAGGGAGUGUGAGGAAAGAUCUGGAGGGUUCUGCUGUCCCUGGGGUUAGGGUGGGUGGGUGCUGAGCUCUGGGCCUGGCUUUGGGGGAUGUCGCUGUGGGAUAGGGAGGAGGAAGUGCCGGUUCUUAUGACUUCUUCCUCCAGAGAGGCACGUGUCAAUGAGGCUGGUGCUAUAGGCUCUGCGUUGCUGCAGAGAACCUCCAAGGUGGCCACAGUCCUGUACCCACCACACGGGGAUGUGCCCUGGAGGGCCAGGUGCUGGACGUCCACGUGCCUGCAAAUGCAUCUCCAUCCCGACAGCCACUGCGAUCUGCUUCAGGCACGUCACGUUGCAUCUUCCCCAGGCCUUGGAGACGGGGUUCACUGUUUGCUACCUCAGAUUAUUCUCUCUGGGAACACACCCCUGUCCCUCCCCUGGGACAGUAGUGCCCUGAUCCUUUCACCACACCCAGCUGUCAUCUUCAUAGACUGAGCUGCUGCUCCGCCACAGAGAGAAGUGUGUGCGUGGCUUCCUGCUCCCACAGCCUGGCCACCUGCUGGGGCCCCACGUAUGAAGACAGGGUCUCUCUCUUCAGGCUUCUUGGGAGCAGGUUUCAGGAGGCACCAAGAAUCAAUGACUUGACCCAGGGGAACUGCCAGAGCCUUGUCUGUCUUCUAGACAUGGCAGGGGAGUAGAAACCCAGACAUUUCCUAUAGCUCCAAGUGGGGAGAUAUUUUGAGAUUAGAGCUCCUUUGGCCAAGCAGGGUAUUUCUUGAAGGUGCAGAUCCCAGUGUGGACAUGGGAUAUUUUUCUUCCGAGUAUAGGUAAUGAGUCCGGGACCUCAGUGAAGAACUUCAUUGAGAUAAGAUCAAAGCAUGUGUCUCCCUUGGGGAGAGGGGUUCAGUCCUUUGAUGUGGUUUUCCCUUGUAGUCAAAAUCCACAAACCAACCAUCCAUCCGUCCAGCCAGGCCUCUGGGAUGGUGUUCUCAUGUUCUCACCUGUUGAGUCCUGGGCUGGAGCCCUUGGACAGAGCUGCUGCAGGGGCUGGGGCCGUGCAGCUCUCUGAGGCAGGGCUGCAGUCUCCCCUGAAGGAUGGAGCGAGGGGGAGUCCCCCUGCACCAGUGAGCACUGUGGGGCCACAGGGACAACAGGGACCCAGGGCGCCAGGUGGAAGCAGAGCUCUGCUAGCUGACGACAGCGCUGUGUCCUGGGCUUGGUGCAUCCCCUCUGCGGUGAGGAGGGUGCGCGGGGGCUGUGCAGAGUGGGCAGGGGAAAAGGGAGGGUGGGAGGCAGGUGCUGUCAGUGGGGUGGCUGGCCCCAGCAGAGUGGCUUCUGCCAUUCGUCACUUUACAAAUCAUUUCAAGGAGGAACAACCACUCUUGCUCCUGACACAAGCCAGGCCUCAAUACUCUUUUCUGUUGUGGUGUUUUUUCUUUUAUUUUUUCCUUUUUAAAAGAAGUAUGACCAAGACAACUUGGGAAAUUUGUCUUGUCUUUGAACAUUUCGUUAAUCCAGAGAGGAGACUCAAAGCACAGGUUUCUGGCGAUGCAAUAAAAACUUAAUGUGGUACGUCGUGUCCAUGGGAGAAGAAGAACAUUCUGGGAGCUCCAGCAGCUUCUUCAGCGGGGUGGGGACCAACACGGCUUUGGGCUCAGGAUUCCCUGGCCUCCUGUGCCUGUCACCUGCACUGAUUGGAGGAGUCUGACCCAAACACACCCUUAUGGACCUCGUCAUACUGGAAUGGGGGGCCGGAAGAAGCUGAGGACAGUUUGAGAGACCUGAGUGUCCCCAGCUUGGGAGUUGGCUCCUGACAGCACUAGACACUGUCAUUGGUAGACGCCACCACUCUGUGUGUGGUUCUUUUGCAUUCCGUGUACUGCAGAGGGACGGAGGACCUGGGUGCUGGCUGGGCUGUGUAUACUGUGUAUACGUGGGAGCUGGCUGCUGAGUGACAACAGCCUGCUCCUAAUAAAGUCGUAAGUAUUUAA